CAAAACAUCACAGUUUGUCCAAUAACUUUAGCAAAAUUAGUGGAUGAAAAUUCCAAAUAUUGGACCAGAUUAGAUGUUUCUGGUUCAUUUCUUUUCCAGAAAACCAAAAUAAACAAGCAGAUGAAGGGACGUAUCUGGUAUAUGAUAAGGAAAUCUAAAUGAGGAAACUGUUCCAAGGUAAUCAACAAAACAAACAAAAAGCCUCUCCUGUGGUUGUGGUUUGACUUAAAAACAGGUCACAGGUAGAGCUGCAAACAGAGGCGUCAGCUACACUGAUCAUCUGCUUUAAUUAAAAUGCUAAAAACUAUCUUUAACUUCUUGGUGCUUUUUGCUGUUUUCAGCCUGAUAUGCUUUGCUGUGUUUUUAUUUUACAGCAAAAAUAAUGAUUUACUUUUCUUUACUGAUCCACAUCAUUUGGUAAAUACAACAAAUAAAACUUCCUUAAACAUAGAGAAGACAACUGCAGUCCCAGAAUUCCACCAAAACAGGACAGCGAUGCCAGCAGCUUCUGGAAGACCUCUGGAGCCGUGCCCCGACAUCCCACCGAACCUCCAGGGAGUUCUUUAUGUGGAGUUCAGAACCAACCGGACUCUGGAGGACGUCCGGCAGCAUCUUGGUCCGCUGCUUCAGCAGGGAGGACGGUAUAAACCAGCCAACUGUGUCGCAAAACAAAAGGUAGCUAUCAUCAUCCCAUUCAGAAAUCGUUAUGAACACCUGAGCCACUGGCUGCAUUACCUCCAUCCGAUCCUCAUACGACAGCAGCUGGACUACAGUGUGUAUGUCAUCAAUCAGGAGGGAGACGGAGUGUUUAAUCGGGCUAAACUGAUGAAUAUUGGACACACUGAAGCCCUGAAGGAGUAUGAUUAUGAGUGUUUUGUCUUUUCUGAUAUAGACCUGGUACCUCUCAAUGAUCGUAACCUCUACAGAUGUUCUGAUAAGCCAAGACACUUAUCUGUUGCUGUAGACAAGUUUAACUUCUUAUUACCCUACAACAACAUAUUUGGUGGGGUCACAGCGUUGUCCAGACAGCAGUUUUUGAAAGUUAACGGCUUUUCAAACACGUUCUGGGGCUGGGGGGGUGAGGACGACGAUCUAUACCAGCGGAUCGUUUUCCGAGGAAUGUCCAUAUCCCGACCAGACUCUGUCAUCGGAAGGUACAAGAUGAUCAAGCAUGGAAGAGAUUUGCACAACGAUCGUAAUCCAAAUAAUGUUCAGAAACUGAAAGAAACGCCUCAAACUAUUGACAGAGAUGGACUUAAUUCUCUCAGUUAUACAGUCAGGAAGAUUAGGAAGGAUUUAUUGUACACAUUUAUUACUGUAGAUGUUCAGACUCCAGCAGGCUGAUCACCAACUCUGA